CUCUCAACACAAUUAUGACAUCCCUAUUUCAUUCAUUCAUAUGUGCGUAAAGUCCAUUGAUUAUUUUCUUUUUUCUUUUUUUUCAUUAUCAAGCAUUAUUGCAAAAUAUUGUUUGAUAUUGUUGAUUUUAAUGGGGGAGAUGAAGAAAAUAUUGUUGGAGAAAUAUGAGUUGGGCAAGGUACUCGGCAAAGGCGCGUUCGCCAAAGUCUACCUCGCCCGACAUUUAGCGACGAACGAGUUCGUCGCUAUUAAGGUCAUCAAAAAGGACGAGGUCAUCACCAACCAGAAAAUGAUGGAGCAAAUCAAGCGCGAAAUCGCCGUCAUGCGCCUUGUUCGCCAUCCGAACAUCGUCGACCUCAAAGAAAUCAUGGCGACGAAAACCAAAAUCUUCCUAGUCAUGGAGUAUGUACGGGGCGGCGCCCUCUUCGACAAGCUAGCCCGGGGCCGCCUGUCAGAGGGCGCCGCCCGGCGGUACUUCCAGCAGCUGGUCAGCGCGGUGGAUUUCUGCCAUAGUCGUGGCGUCAUCCACCGCGACCUGAAGCCGGAGAAUCUUCUGGUCGACGAGAACGGCGACCUGAAGAUCUCCGACUUCGGCCUGUCUGCUCUGUACGAGCACCAAUGCAAGGACGGACUCUUCCACACCCAGUGCGGCACUCCAGCGUACAUCGCACCGGAGGUUCUGCGCCAGAAGGGCUACGAAGGGGCCAAGGCGGACAUAUGGUCGUGCGGCGUCAUUUUGUUCGUCCUCCUAGCUGGGUAUCUCCCAUUUCAGGAUUCGAAUCUCUCCGCCAUGUGCCGGAAAAUCGUCAGGGGCGAAUACGAGAUCCCUCAGUGGUUUUCCGCCGAAUCGAAGCGGUUGGUAUCCAGGUUACUGAUUCCGAAUCCGAGUAAACGGAUCUCGAUUCCGGGUAUAAUGCGGGUCACAUGGUUUAAAAAGGGUUUCAAAAGAGCAACAUCGUUCUCCAAUAUGCAAGAAGAAGAAUCCAUCUUCGAAGAAUUCGACGAAGAAGACGAGAAAUUCAAGAAAUCUCCGGCCCUUUUGAACGCAUUCCAAAUAAUCUCGUCCAUGUCAAUAGGGUUUGAUGGCCUUUCGUCCAUGUUCGAGGACCAGAAAAAAGCGGGGUCCACAUUCACUUCUCGAUGCUCGGCUAAGGUAACAUUAGGGAAAAUCGAAAUGGUGGGGAAGAAAAUCGGUUAUAAGGUUGCUCGAUUGAAGGAUUUCAAAUUGAGGUUGGUGGGGUCCACAGAGGGGCGAAAGGGGCGACUCUCGGUCACUGCAGAGUUUUUCAAAGUGGCGCCGGAGGUCACGGUUGUCGAGUUUUCGAAAUCCUCCGGCGACACUUUGGAGUACAUUAAAUUUCGUGAAGAGGAUAUUAGGCCAGCAUUGAAAGACAUUGUAUGGACAUGGAAAGGGGAUAGUGAAUUUCACCAAGAACUUUCUAAGCUAUGAGA